CCAGAGAAUCUACUUUGAAAGCAACAUGGCAGAAUCCGCUCCCGCCGCCGCCGCACCGGCCAAGUCCCCGAAGAAGAGAGCCACCAAGCCGAAGAAGGCAGGCCCCAGCGCCGCUGAUCUCGUGCUGAAUGCCGUCACCGCCUCCAAGGAGCGUAAAGGGAUUUCCUAUGUCGCCCUGAAGAAGGAGCUGGCCGUUAAAGGCAUCGACAACGCCAACCAGGUGAAACGCGCCGUGAAGAAGUUGGUUGAGAAUGGAGCCCUGGUGCAGGUCAAGGGAUCCGGAGCCAGCGGCUCCUUCAAGGCAGCCAAGCCCGCCGAGAAGCCCAAGAAGGUAGCGAAGAAGCCCGCAGUCAAAGCCAAGAAGCCGGCAGCAGCAGCGAAGAAACCCGCCGCUAAGAAGCCAGCCGCCAAGAAGCCAUCCGCCAAGAAGGCAGUAACACCCAAGAGGGUGAAGAAGCCUGCUACUCCUGCCAAGAAAACCCCCGUGAAGAUCACUAAGAGCCCGAAGAAGAAGGUGGCGGCCAAGAAGGCAGCACCCAAGAAGGCAGCGACCCCCAAGAAGACCGCAACCCCCAAGAAAGCUGUGAAGAAGGUGGUUAAACCAGCUGCCAAACCAGCGAAGAAGGCACCAGCCAGGAAAGCAGCGAAGAAGUAAACAGAUCAUCUACUUCAUCUACAAAAGGCUCUUUUAAGAGCCACCCACAUACACCAAAAGAGCA